GGGAGGGGGAGGUGCCUCUUCUCGGCUCGAAGUCGGCGCGAGGCAAAGGCGAGGGCUGGCGGCUGACACAUCUGCACGGACGCGGCGCAUCUGCUCGGAGGAGAACUGCGGCCGGGGUCGCCCCCCGUCGGCGCGCGCCCAGCCAGGCUGCCGGCAGACACGCGCUCUGCCGCCGCCCCCCACGCCGCCGCCCCCGGCUCCCCAAGGGUCCCGCAUCCGGAAAGCGAGCCUGGCGGCCCGGUGCGACCCCCUGCACGCCCCAUGCCGGCCCUCCUGCUCCUCGUACUCCUGGCCUCUAGCGCCGGCCAGGCCGGGGCGCGCCCGUCCAACGCCACGAGCGCCGAGCCCCCGGGCCCGCUGCCCGCCCUGCUGGCGCACCUGCGGCGCCUGACCGGGGCGCUGACUGGCGGCGGGGGCGCGGCGAGCCCGGGCGCCAACGGCACCAGGACCGGCUCCGCGGGCGGGGCGGGCGCGGCGGCCCGGGCGCCCCCUCCCGCUGAGCUCUGCCACGGCUACUACGAUGUCAUGGGCCAGUACGACGCCACGUUCAACUGCAGCACCGGCUCCUACCGCUUCUGCUGCGGCACCUGCCACUACCGCUUCUGCUGCGAGCACCGCCACAUGCGCCUCGCGCAGGCCUCCUGCUCCAACUACGACACACCGCGCUGGGCCACCACGCCGCCGCCGCUAGCCGGGGGCGCCGGGGGGGCUGGGGGUGCGGGCGGGGGACCAGGCCCCGGCCAGGCCGGGUGGCUGGAAGGGGGCCGGGCGGGGGGGGCCGGAGGCCGCGGGGGCGAGGGCCCCGGGGGCAGCACAGCCUACGUCGUGUGCGGGGUCAUCAGCUUCGCCCUGGCCGUGGGCGUCGGCGCCAAAGUGGCCUUCAGCAAGGCGUCCCGGGCCCCGCGGGCGCACCGGGAGAUCAACGUGCCCAGAGCUCUGGUGGACAUUCUGAGGCAUCAGGCGGGGCCUGGGACCCGUCCGGACCGGGCCCGAAGCAGCUCCCUGACCCCUGGGAUCGGUGGCCCCGACAGCAUGCCCCCCAGGACGCCCAAGAACCUCUACAACACCGUGAAGACCCCCAACCUCGAUAAUCUGCACCACAACUACCUGCACCUCAACGUCAACAGCCCCAAGCACCACGCCGCCACACUGGACUGGCGAGCCUUGCCGCCGCCCAGCCCCUCCUUGCACUACUCCACGCUGUCCUGCUCUCGGUCCUUCCACAACCUCUCGCAUCUGCCCCCGUCCUACGAGGCUGCCGUGAAGUCUGAGCUGAAUCGCUACUCCUCCCUCAAGAGGCUGGCCGAGAAGGAUCUGGACGAGGCCUACCUCAAGCGCCGGCCCCUGGAGUUGCCCCGCGGCACGCUGCCUUUGCACGCGCUGCGGCGGCCGGGCACCGGGGGCGGCUACCGCAUGGAUGCCUGGGGCGGCCCCGACGAGCUGGGCCUGGCGCCUGCGCCCAACCCACGGCGGGUCAUGUCCCAGGAGCACCUGCUGGGCGACGCUGGCCGCUCCCGCUACGAGUUCACGCUGCCGCGCGCGCGCCUCGUGUCGCAGGAGCACCUGCUGCUGUCUUCACCCGAGGCCCUGCGCCAGAGCCGAGAGCACCUGCUGUCGCCCCCGCGCAGCCCCGCGCUGCCCCCAGACCCCACCGCUCGGGCCAGCCUGGCCGCCUCGCACUCCAACCUGCUGCUGGGGCCUGGGGGCCCCCCAACGCCCCUGCGUGGGCUGCCGCCACCGUCCAGCCUGCACGCCCACCACCACCACGCCCUGCACGGCUCGCCGCAGCCCGCCUGGAUGUCCGAUGCCGGCGGGGGCGGGGGCACGCUGGCCCGCAGGCCGCCCUUCCAGCGCCAGGGCACGCUGGAGCAGCUGCAGUUCAUUCCGGGCCACCACCUGCCGCAGCACCUGCGCACUGCCAGCAAGAACGAGGUGACUGUCUGAGGCCAGGGCCGGGGCUGGGGGGCUGCGGCUUCCCGGGCCCCUGUCCCAGCCUGGAUCCCCCGACACAGGCGCACACACGCCAGGGGCCUGGGGCCCAGAAAGGUCCUUGGACAGGAGUCAAAGCCUCCUUCCAGGAUGACCUGGCAGACAAGAUUCCUCCUCCUAUUACGUCACUGCUUGAGCCAAGGCCUCCUUCCCAUGAUGUCAUCCCAGAGGAAGAGGCUGGCCCAUGAGGUCAUUGCUAGCAAAAAUGUCUGUGUCCUGUGAUGUCAUCACAGGGACAAAGCCUCCUUCCCAUGAGGUCAUCACAGAGGAAGAGGCCGGCCUUGAGGUCAUCGCUGGAGGCCAUGUCCGUGUUCUAUGAUGUCCUCAGAGGCCUCCUUCUUGUGGUGUAGUAACAGAGACGACGCCUUGUCCCAUGACAUUCGUUCCUGUGAUUUCACUGCAGAGACAAUCUCACCUGAAUGAUGCCAUCUUCUAACUCCAAGGCCUCUUGGCAUCAUCGCCAUGGGGAAGAAAUUUUCUCCCUGUGUCUUUGCAGCAGAGAAGAUGCCUCUGUCCUAUGAUGUCAUCAUUACAGACAAAACCAUCUUCCUGGGACACGCCACAGGGGAAAAUGCCUCACUAAUUGUGUACUCACUAGACAUAAGGCCUCCUUUUCACAACAUCGUCACAGGGACCCUGCCUCCUUCCUGUGAUGCCAUCACCAGAGAAGGUGCCUUGCCCUAUGACGUCAUCAGAGGGACCGUGCCUCUUCCCGUGAUGUCAUCACCAGAGAUGACAACUCACUCUGGGACCUCUCCAGGAGGAGGUCCCUUCUGCGAUGUCACCCAGAUGCUACGUGCUCUGAGACGGGACAAGGAGAUGCCUCCACUGCUCCCACCAUGUAGAAGGCAAGGCAGGCCCAGAGUCCAGGACCACCCCAGGGAAGAUGUCAGAGAGCAGAGAGGGGCCCUGUCCAAGGAUGUUGUCUGAGGGAAGCACCGCUGCGGAGCCGCCCACGUGGAGGGCGUCCUCCAGAGAUGAUGGUCUGUGUAGGCUGUUGGCAGUGAUCCCCCUGCCCCCAGGGCUGUGAUGGCAUCACCUGAGCUCCCUCCUCAGAGGCACUGCCCACUCUGGAAGGCCGUCGGUAUUGAUGGUAUCACCAGAGUUACUGCCUUGACCCACCAUGACUUAGCUUGGUCGCUCCCUCCCCAGACCCCAGGGACAUACACAGGAGGAUCUCUGCCAGACCCGCUGAGGGCAAAUGGGGCUUGGAUCCCAUGCCUGUGCAGUGACUCCUGGGAAACAGAACCUGCAGGUGGCCUUCUGCUCCCAGGAAGCCACUCUGGAUCACCAGGAUCCUGGAGUCCUGGCACUCAUAGGUGUCCCUUAGCCUGGCCUCACUCUUCUUUCUGCCAUAUCUACAGACAAUCACUCUGGCAACAAAGUCCUAGCCUUCUAUUGGGGGGAGGUGUUUGCAGUGCA